CCGGCAAGACGAAAUCCGAAACCAAGUCUGCCAUGAUUCUAAUCACGUCGGUGCUAGCGGCAGCGGCUACGAUGCUUUUCUCUACGGCAAACGGCCACGGCUACCUGACCGAUCCGGCCGUGACCUUCCUAUCGUCGUCCACAGACAACACGCAGUUCAUCGCCACCAUCGAAUCGUCAGCGUCGGGAUUCAGCGGCACUUUCUCAGGCUCACCCGCAGACAACACGGCCGCCUUUACGACUGCCUUCGAAGUCAGCUCGUACACGUCGUUGAAAGAGCUGAUCAACGCAUUGGCCACGAUUACCGUCACGGACGCUACCUUGACGUGCGGGUCGUGUGACCCCGAUGAGACGGCGCAACCGCUACCGGAGACUUACGUGGAGUGGUCGCACUCGUCCUCUGAAGGCUUUACUUCUUCUCACGAAGGUCCAUGUGAGGUUUGGUGUGACGACGUUCGCGCAUUCCAAGACGAUGACUGUGCCGCCCAUUACACCUCCACCCCCGCUGAGCUGCCGUACGACCGUGAUGCCUGUCUGGGCACCAGUACGCUGACAUUCUACUGGUUGGCUCUCCAUUCGUCCACCUGGCAAGUGUACAUCAACUGCGCGCCGCUCGAGAGUACAACCUCGACAGGUGCGACGUCCAAGUACGCCGUGUCAAGCUCGAGCACGGGAACAACUAGCACCGCGACUUCAAAUAGUACGAGUUCGACUUCCUCGACGCCAAGUACGACGGCUGAUGUGUCUACAACCAGCUCCGCCUCGACGGCCACAACGUCGACGCCAGCUUCCGCUCCAACGCCGACAGACGCUACCACUUCGACCGCAACGACAUCUCCGUCAACCUCGACUACCUCGACUACAAGCUCAACUACAACCACUGCGCCAUCUGCUAGCUCAACGCCGACGACUGGCAGUUCCAGCACGUCAAACCAGUGGACGGGUUCCACUACCAACGGAGGCUGGUCGACGACAUCGACAACCAGCUCCAAGACUGGCACGUCGGAGGGUCAAUGGCCUACCACUGGUAACAGCGACGCCCAAACAACGACCGGCACGGUCUCACCGAACCAAGGCGCGACUAGUGGCGGCUGGCGCAACAACGCCGGUUGGGGCACCAGCUUCGGCUUCCGUCGCUGAGCUGCCGUCACGUUCGGACAGAUAUCCUGUCCAGUUAUUCGUCAUGUUUUUGUAGUAAAAUGCUGCGUUUCACGUACACGUAGGCACCUCCUACACCUGGACUAUCUACAUGUAGGAGGCGUAUACAUCAUCGUAGCGUCACAAGAUAAUGUCUUAAGCUUUCGUUUCGGUGGAGUUGUUUUUACCGUCAUUAAAAAAAAUCGCGUAAGUUCCGUC